AUGUCGGAGCCUCUGCGCGCAGGUCCAUUGUCCGACGAUGUGACUUCUGAAGAUCGCAAUGUGAUUGACGAGCAUGGGUCUGCGAGCCCUUACUCUUCUAGGCGUCAACUACUGCGUCCUCGUCCACAAUCCUGGCAUCCAUAUGGACCUGUGGAGCCACCGCUAGAGUCCGCAUCCUCACGGUCUAUUGGUGUACAUGCUAUCUUGAACUCGCCAGCCCAGAUGACUGCCGAUCUGACACCAGGCAAUCGUGAACAGCGGAGCCUACCUAGUCCUACAUCAUCUCCCCGACCACGACAGGGCUCUUCGCCAGCGCCGCGAUCAAUUCACCCGCUAGCGCAGCAGCCCUUGUCUCCCAGGUCGCGUUCGAGGCCGAUGAUCAACCCGGGCUCUUCACGGUUUGUUAGUGCUGGAGACAGGCACUCCGCACAAUCCAGCGUCUCGCAUUCCCCGCUAGCUCCACAUAACCCGUCUAUGGCUGGUUUGCGUCAGCUUCCUGCUGUCAGUUCUCCUCUCAUGCUAGAUUCUUCACUUCGCUCCAUCCCAUCAAUACCCAGCACUCAGCCCUCGUCUGCAGCAGCAACACAAUCGACACCAGUUAUACAUUCCCAGCGGGCCAGCAUAGGUACGGGGCAGUUAACGAGUCCCAAUUCUCAAGAAACGCCUCCAGCAACGCCUCAUUCGGGCUACAGUCACUAUGGGCAUGUUUCACCAGCAGUUCCCACUACUUCCAUGCCAAGCACGCCUUACUCAGGAGCCCCAACUUCCUACAUGACGAUAGACUCCAUGACCAGAGGCAUUCCAGCAACAGCCGGUCCACGAAGCAGGACAGAGGAUACCUCAACACCAGGCCUAAUACCAUGUGUGCUAGAUCUUAAAACAGGCUCAUCCAGCCAGGCCGAGAAACGAAAAGCAAACAGUAACGCCUCCCGGCGCUUUCGCAAUAGGAAGCGCAAUGAGAUGCAGCUAGAGCAGCGAUUAAAUUCCCAGCAGGAUGAGAUCCAACGUCACCUGGACACAGUUCGUCGACAAAGCGAGGAAAUCCGUUCCCUGACUCAGCAAAGAGACUACUAUCGCUCUGAGCGUGAUGUCUUCCGUGACCAUCUCGUCCACUCAAUGCCUUUGAGCCAACUAGCUCCCAGACCACCCUCACCUCGAUCUACAGGUAUAACUCCUGAAAUUUCUACCGAAUCUGUCCCUACGCUACAACCAUGGGCCACUGAGGAUUUGAGAUCUACAUCAGUCUCACAGCAUCUCCCAGCGGGCUCUGCGCCUGGACAUCCGGGCAGAUUGGUAGACUCGCCAAUGCCUCAGGGAACUUGGCUUCCAGGACCAACAGUUUCUGGGCCUGGAUCUUUACCGCCGUUUGGGUCCUGGUCACGACCUUGA